GAGUGCGGGUCAGGAGGAGCCAUGUCCACCCUCCUGCUGCUCAGGCGCGGCACCAGGAGCGCGCUGCGGGGAGUCGGCGCGGGGCGCAGACAGCGGCGCGCCGACGACGACGCACCGGCACGGGUCGACGCGGCGGCGCGGCGCUCCAUCGUCGACACGUCCUACUCGGCGCACUUCAUGGACUUCGCGGGCUCGUCCAUACCGAGCGGCAUGCGGAAGCUGGUCGUGACCGAGCUGAGUGCCGACUUCCGACAGGCCGUGUCCGUGCGCACCGCCGCGGUGCCCACGCCCGGGGACGCGGAGCUGCUCGUCAGGAAUCGUUUUGUGGGAAUCAACGCCAGCGACAUUAAUUACUCGGCCGGCCGCUACGACCGCUCGCUGAAGCCUCCCUUCGACGCCGGUUUGGAGGGGAUCGGCGAGGUCGUCGGCCUCGGCCUCAGCGCCAGCUCCCACUUCGCCGUCGGGGACACCGUGGCCUAUUUCGGCAGCGGUGCCUUUGCCGAGUACACGGUGGUGCCUGCCAAGGAGAGUGUGCCGGUCCCCGCGGUGAAGCCAGAGUUCCUCGCCCUCCUGGUCAGCGGCGCCACAGCCUACAUCGCCAUGAAACGCCUGGGCGACCUGGCCGAGGGUCAGACGGUCCUGGUCACGGCGGCCGCGGGAGGGACCGGACAGUUUGCCGUGCAGCUUGCCAAGCAGGCCGGCUGCCGCGUGAUCGGGACCUGUUCGUCCGACGAGAAGGCCGGCUUCCUCAAGUCCCUCGGCUGCGACAGGCCCGUCAACUACGCCGCGGAAGACCUGGCGAAGACGCUCAGGGAAGAAUGCCCACAAGGCGUAGACGUGGUGUACGAGUCAGUCGGGGGGAGUGUUUUAGAACUCGCCGUGAACAGCUUGGCCACUAAAGGCCGGCUGAUAGUGAUUGGCUUCAUCUCCGGGUACCAGACGGCGUCGGGGUUCCCAAAAUUCAGCGGAGGAACGCUGCCGGUCAAGCUGCUGCAGAAGUCGGCCAGCAUGCGCGGUUUCUUCUUGCCCCACUUCCUCGGCGACUACAGGGAGGCUCUGAGCAGCAUGAUGCAGAUGUUCGCCAAGGGGAAGCUCGUGUGCGAGGUGGAUUAUGGGGAUUCGGCGCAGGGGGGCAGGUUCGUAGGCCUGGAGUCCGUCUUCCGGGCUGUGGACUACAUGUACGCCGGGAAGAACCUGGGCAAAGUCGUGGUGGAAGUGGCACCACCCUCUGUUAGCAAUAGUAAGCUGUGAUUUCACAGAUUUGUUGAUUCACCAAAGGAAUCAUACCUGAACUUAAAUGAUUGUUGAGUUUACAAUCAGUUAUUUUUGUAAGAUGAUUGAAAAAAUAAAGCUACAUAUCACUUUUAGUAAUUAAUAGUAUUAGCAACUUAAUGCUCUACUAUAUACUUAUUGUGCAAUAAAAAAGUGAUUGACAUUAUUCAAUGUGAGGCUUCAGACAUCCCUAAAUAAAUUUGAAAAUUAACUGAUACCUCUGAAUUGAUUAUUGAUACUGCGCAAAUAUUAAAUACAUGUAUAUUAAAACAA